CCAGAAGCACCCUAUCAUAUUUAUUACUUGUCGGUGCCAACCAGCUCCAACAUCCUUUCGUCAUCUUGCAUCUUCGCCAUCUGGCACCAAUCACAGCUUCAUUCCAUCCACGCGAGCGACACUUCCAAGACCGGUGGGGUCAAAACCACCUUUCACAUACUAGAUUGGCGCGGCUCAUAUCGAUCUGACCCUCCAAGCACGUCCAACUACCAACUAGGAAGACCCCCGUUCCUUAGUUGGUCGACCAGAAACCUGCGUCAAGUCCAAAGAAGUUGGGACCACCAGCGCCAGCGGGUUGCUACGAGAGAUAGUUUCUGAUGGAUGGGAAUACCCUGCCUACCCACAAGCGGUCCAAGAGCUCCCGCGUCCUGAACCUCUUGCGCAGCGACAACUUUCCUAAAGAUAACGGCUCCGAGUCUGGCUCACCCAUUAGCACCAGCGGUCCCUUCUCCGCCACCCCAUCGUCCUCCCACCUGUCUCCCCUCGAUGGUCCUAGACUUGCUCCUCUGUCCACCACAACCACAAGAACUUCGCAGUUGACCAUGGACCAACCCGAUCUCUCGGGUCUUUCUGCCAGUCCAGAUUCGCCACACAAGACCGCGCCCUCGGGUCUCAGCCCUGGCUCUGGAACAUCGAUCGAAGACUCGGUCCGCACCUUUCGUGUCUUUGAGAUCCUGCGCAGUAAAGACACUGCUGCCAUUGCAAAGUCGAUCCAAGACUCUACUCCUUCUGCCUCAAACCUCAACCCAAUUCCUGGGACUACCAUCCUCCACCUGUCCAUCCAAUGCGCCGAGCCACACGUCGUUUCCCAGGUCAUCAAGCAAGGCACCGGCCUCGACCCAAAUGCUCAAGACAAGGAAGGAAACACACCCCUGCACCUGGCUGCCCAGCUGGGCAGAUCUCCAGUGGUCAAAGAGUUGCUUGAACUGCAAGACAUCAAUGACGCCAUUGUCAAUAGACAAGGAAAACUACCCAUCGAUCUUGCCCGUACGCCCGAAAUAUUCCAACAACUCCAACUUGCUCGUUCGAUCUUCCUUGACGACAAAAUCAAGGAAAUUCAUGCGGCCCUUGCAAAGGCCGACUAUAAGCACAUCGAAAGGAUCCUUGUUGAACCUCGAGUCGAGGGAACUCUCGAUGUCAAUGCUCUCGAAUUAGCCACCGAACCCUACACUGUCCAGACAGGCGGAACUCUCCUGCACGAAGCAGCCCGCAAGAAGGACAUCCAGCUCGCUCAAGUUCUCCUUCUCCAUGGCGCCGAUCCCUUUAGAAGAGACCGAAAAGGCAAAUUGCCCCAAGAUGUCACCAAGGACGAUCGCACUAGAGCCAUUCUAAAGAAAUCGCCCGCCGCCGCAGCAGCCCAGCGAGGAGUCCAGGAGAAAGCGAUCCUCGGCAAUACACCCACCGCAUCCAGAACCAAUGGGCCCGGUGGUGACACGACCAAAGACGCCCGAGAAAUGAAGGGCUAUCUGAAGAAGUGGACCAAUUACACCAGUGGAUAUAAACUACGAUGGUUUGUCCUCGAAGAUGGUGUACUCAGCUACUACAAGCAUCAAGACGACGCGGGCUCUGCCUGUCGAGGUGCCAUCAACAUGCGCAUCGCUAGACUGCACAUGGACCCCCAGGACAAAACGCGCUUCGAAAUUCACGGUAAAUCCUCUGUCAAAUAUCACCUCAAGGCAAACCAUGUCGUUGAAGCGAAACGGUGGUUCUGGUCCUUGAACAACGCCAUCCAGUACACCAAAGAUGAAGCAAAAGAGGAAAAGAGACGAACCCUCGAACUCGACACUAAUCGUCAGUCCAAAGCCGAUGGUCAUGACCUGAGUAGUGCCACCAGCAUUCGAUCUAGACAUACCUCGGCCACCUUGGGCGUCCAGGGUACCUCCUCCAAGACCAGCUUUCGUUCCGAGGCCGAUCAAGGCUAUGAGUCGUACGAGGCUAGUGUCGUGGGUGACGAGCUCCAUCGCAUGCCAACUAACCCUGCCACCGCCACCUUUGACGGGGACGAUGACGGCGACGCUGAUGAUGCCAGUAGCCGCGAAGUCCACAACCCUGGCAACAAAGAUGCUUUCAACAUUACCGCCCAAUCCGCCAAACUGCAACUCGACUUGCUUUCGCGUGUUUCGGAUGCUCUGAUCAGCCGUGAAGCCUCUCAGCCAGAAACAACACUGGCAGAUCCAAAUGUUUCACAGGCACUCCAAACCUAUAGGACUGCUGUCAGCAGUCUCAACAAUCUGGUGACCGACCUCCUCAAAAUCUCAAAGGACCGUGACGCCUAUUGGCAAUACCGCCUGGACCGCGACGCUGACGCCCGCAAAAUGUGGGAGGAAAGUAUGGCAAAGAUUGCGUUCGAGCACGAGGAUCUCAAAAAGUACAUUGCUGAGUCCGAGGAAAAGCGAAAACGCACCAAGCGUGCCUUGAAAGAGGCCCUUGAAGGUCAAUCCGACAGCCGUCGAAGCUCGCUCACCCGGGAACCCGUAGACCACGUCCAAUUUGACGACGCCUCUGAGGAUCAUGAGCUUCGUCCCGAGGCUCUAGCCCAGGCCCGAACUCGACCUCGAAGAAAGUCAUUUGCACGUGAAGGGAAUCGGAGGAAGUCGAUCAUCGCGCAGUACACCAACAUCUCAGACUCAGAAUCCGGAGAUGAUGAAGAGUUCUUCGACGCCAUUGAUGCUGGAAAAGUGGAAAUUGUCGAAGCACAACUUCUCAGCCCUCCUCUCGUCCAUGCUCCAGGCUCCAAAGAACAAGUCGAGACCGAGCCGUUUUCACAAUCAGAUGCACGAGCUUUGAAACAAUUGGAAAUUGAACCAUCCUUUGCAGGCUACGAGGAUGGCAUUCGCAAGAAACUCAAGAUGGACGCCGAUGACCGGCCCAAGAUUUCCCUCUGGGGAAUUCUGAAAUCUAUGAUUGGCAAAGACAUGACCAAGAUGACUCUUCCUGUUUCGUUCAACGAGCCCACUUCGCUUCUCCAGCGCGUGGCAGAGGAUAUGGAAUAUGCAGAUCUGCUUGACAUCGCCGCCGAUCGACCCGACCCGACCGAAAGGCUAGUCUACGUCGCUGCGUUUGCCGCGUCCGAAUAUGCCAGCACCAUCGGCCGUGUUGCUAAACCCUUCAAUCCUCUUCUUGGUGAGACAUAUGAAUAUGUUAGACCAGACAAAGGGUAUCGUUUCUACAUUGAACAGGUGUCUCACCACCCUCCCAUCGGUGCGGCUUAUGCCGAAUCCGCUAGAUGGGACUACUGGGGCGAGUCUGCCGUAAAAUCGAAAUUCUACGGCAAAUCCUUUGACAUCAAUCCUUUGGGGACAUGGUUUCUUCGGCUUCGGCCCUCGGACGGGUCUCCGGCCGAACUGUAUACUUGGAAGAAAGUGACCAGUUCGGUGGUGGGCAUCAUCACUGGCAAUCCCACAGUCGAUAACUAUGGACCUAUGGAGAUCAAGAACUGGAACACGGGUGAGAUUUGCUCACUCGACUUCAAGCAAAGAGGCUGGAAGGCCAGCUCGGCCUAUCAAGUUGCUGGCAAAGUGAUCGGGGUGGACGGUGUGACCAAGUGGAGCAUUGGCGGAAGAUGGAACGACAAGAUUUACGCACGAGUUACGGAAGGUUUUCAAGACGACGCGGUUGGGCAAUCUCUUCCCAACCAAGGCAAGUUCCCCUCCCAGUCCGGUCACCAGGCCAUUCUGGUGUGGGAAGCACAUUCUCGUCCGUCAGGCAUUCCUUUCAACCUGACCCCAUUUGUCGUGACGCUGAAUGCCAUUUCGGACAACUUGCGUCCCAAUCUUCCACCGACCGACACACGACUGCGACCUGAUCAGCGAGCCAUGGAGGACGGCGAGUAUGAUUUCGCAGCCACGGAGAAGAAUCGAGUCGAAGAAAAACAACGAGCGGCCCGCCGAAAGCGUGAGGCACUAGGAGAUGAAUGGAAACCCAAAUGGUUCGAGCAAAAGACCGACCCUACCACCGGUGAAACGUAUUGGCAAAGUACCGGUCAAUAUUGGGCAAGCCGGAAGGUCAAGGACUGGUCGGUAUGUGAUGAUAUCUUCUAGAUAGAGGCAGAGGGAAGGAGAAGAAAGUGGUGGAAUAGAGGAAAGAGACCUGGACAGCGCGUGUGUCAUUGUGUGUAUCUGUUCUGUUCCGCUCUACUGGCCGUUUGGUAGUCGAUGAACAAUGAAUUGGAUGCAAAAGCUUGUCGGGGGCUUCUCAAAAUCUAUACCUACAUGUAUGUAUGUAUUUUGCC